UCAUAUACUUCUCUUUUCGGCAAGUUAUUUCGAGACGACAUGGCCAGUAGAACCUCAGUUUGGAUAUUAUGCGACCACACAUUUAAAAGUGCUGCUAAUAUUGGUUUUCUAAGGGAAAGUGAUGGGAAAUGCCUGUGGAUCAAACUGUUCAAAUGUGUCUUUAUCGUUAUAGGGGAAGGUGGACAUAUCCUACACUGGAAAUUUACACGUGGUGAAUCUUUUGAAGAGGUUAGAGAUAUCUUCAUCCAGUUUAAGGAGAGACUGCAGACACGGGGUGUCAAACUGAGGGGAGUUGUCAUUGUCAGCUGCUGCAAAUGGAAAAGUUCUCUCACAGCCAUUUUUCCUGAUGUUGACAUCAGACUGGAUCUCUUUCAUGCACUCCAACGGUGUUUGAAAACU